UUCCAUGUACGAAAAGAAAAUAUUUAACAAAUGCAUUAAGACUUGAAUAAGGACGAGUCAGAAAGAAAUCAUAGCUUUUUUUAUUGUAGGACAAUGGACAAAAUUUUCUUAACCAUAUGUUUAGGAGCUGUCUUGGGGGUCAUCAUGGUAAGUGGUCAGUUUCACUUGGGACGCCCUGUUGUUGACAGUCCAGAGGCACGUACCAUUUUUGCUGCUGCUGAAAGAAAUAGAACCCCUGAUGGUUUUCUUACAAAACUGGAACUAGACGAUAUUUUCCAGACUUUUGACCACAACGUGGAUGGUAUUGUGGAUGAACAAGAAUUCAUAUACAUUUGGAGAGAUCGGCAUUUGGGCGAUAUCUCGCACGCCAUUACCCUUUUCCAUCAUGCCGAUACCGAUCGCGAUGACGUCAUUUCUAAGGUCCCCGAUCUUACACGCGUUUUCUACUAUUUUGAUCGGGAUCAAGAUGGCAAAGUUAGCGAAGAAGAGUUCGUAGAAGUGUGGUUAUCCUUGUCCAUGUAAAAAAAAAGAGACAAAUCAAUGAACGAUAUAACAAAAUAAAUAGACGAGUGCGAAUUCCAUUGAUCGUCUGUUAAUUCAUUCUUACAUCUAAUGUCACGAACACAAACAGUGGAAUGACAGUCGCAACUAAUGUGUAGAAGGAAAUUAUCUCAAGUCACCUGACCCGGACUGUCGUCUGAUAAGGUUUUGGACAACGAUGAAUGUUGAAUGCUAUCUAAUGACAAAGUGCUAUUGUCAAAAGACCUUACCAGCAGUCAAGGGUUCAAAUUACCAACUGAUCAAAUUUUCAGCUCUUGGUGCUUUCCAUGGCUGAUAUAUUAUCCCAGGUUGUUAUUUCUCUUUUAAAGCAGGACGAAUGUGAGCUCGAUUUUCUUCCCAGUGUAAUGCAGCAAUUCGAUCUUAUUUGUUGUUUUGCAUUUUGUCAUAUUAAUUUCUCCAGAGGGACAGAUGAAGGAUAAUAAAGUGCUGAGUAAAAGCAAGUGUCACAUGCA